ACUCUCAAUCCAGGUACAACACCGCAAGCAUGCCGUCUAAGUUUGGCAACAUGUCAAAUAUCUUGUCAGGUAAUUCAGAAACCGACACAGAGUCAGACUAUCCUCGCGCCAAAGCUCCAUCGAAGCCCAGGACUGUGGCCGAGACUCGCGAAGCCAAAUUCGGUCCAGGCAGAAGAAUCUCAGACACAGAACACGCCUACAAACCAAAGCAGCCGUCACAACCCUCUCCCCGACGUAGUACCCGCUCCACGUCAAAGGCAGCAGGUUCCGCUCCAGCAACUGCUUUCGGACCCACACCACCUCUCCCUACCAGCUCCAUGCCUUCGAACAUAUCUCCAGGCAAACGAGGCCGUGUGCCGGCCCCUCAAACCACCACUCGACGCGUGACUCGUUCGCAAUCGCCUUCCAAGGGCAAACCCAAACUCAUCCACGACUCUCCACCUCCUGAAGACCGCAUGGACCCCUUCCCUCCGCAACGCGCUCCCAUGACCGUCACGGACAAGCCUGCUGUUUACAACCGCUAUGGUGAAAAGGUGCCUGCGCCCGUCAACCUGGCUCAAAAGUUGCGUCAAGCCGAGAACUUCCUCUCAGACGAAGGCGUCGAAAACUGCGCCGACUUCGAAGACAAACUCAUCAGACUAAAAGCUUGGCUCGACAAGCAUCACACCUUGGGGGAUGAUAUUUCUCCAGAAGGCGAUCAGGAGACCCAUGAGCGCUACCGCAAGGUCAUGUGGAUGAUCUGGGUUCACCAGGAACGCAUUGCCGAGGGAUCCGAGCAGUGGUUCACCAGAGAUCAAUUUCCCGACAGCACCUCGAUGAUCAAACCCAUCAAGCCCACCAAACACGACCAAUGGCGUGUUACUCCAGACGGUGUUGCUAUUGGAGGUGUUCCUCAGCACCCCAAGUUGCAGGUCAUGCUUGCUCAAGAUCGUGAGAGAAUUCCCAAGGAGCGCGCCGCAAGAGCAAAGGCUGUUGCUGCCGCCAAAGAAGCCAAAGAAGCCGCCCAAGCUCGAAGCUCUCAGACCCCUGCUGCAAGACCUUCUCCCACAAAGCUUUCCGCUUCCGCUGCUGCCAGAGAUGCUGCAAAAGCAGAGGCUUUUGCUGCCGCUGAAGAAGCCGUCCAAGGUCGGAACUCCCAGACCCCUGCUGUGAGGCGUUCUCCUGGAAAACCUUCUGCUUCCGCUCCUCUCGAUCCUGAAGCUGGAGAGGAGACCCAAAACCAAGAUGAAGGGGUCCCCGAGCUACCCUAUCCAGAGGUGUGGCAUCGCAAAGAGGCUGCACGUUUCCCCUAUGGCGAAACUCCUUACAUGGAACAAGUCAUGAGCGAUCAAAUUACCGCCGACCUUGCACGUGGCCACAUCGCCAAAGAAGAAGCCAGAGACGCUUUGAAGGGAGGCAUGCUCCGUCCGUUCUGGAAGGCCAUUGGCAACAUCUGGCCCUUCACCCCCGAAGAAGGAAACUCUGGGGACCGAUUCGACCCCUGGGAACUGCCUGAAAUUUCUGACGAGGCCGUUUACGAAGCAGACAAGACAUUCAACGUUCUUGGCAGACAGGUCCCGACGGUCGCUGCAUCGCCCGCAACGAAGAGGAGGGCCAAUGCUGCGCUCAGCAAACCCGCACCUAAGCGUCUCAGAUCUGGCGUUUGAGAUUGAUGGAGAUGGGGCUCUCAAGAUUGAAGAAAGAGAAGGGGGU